UACGAUCAGUCUUCAAGGGACAUUCAAUCACUAGACAAUAUCUAAUCGACGAGAGAUCGUUUGCCUUAAUCAGUUGGUCGGUGACCGCGGCGCGGGCAGUACGCUCUACGCACGUCCAUUGCUUUCAAAUCGGAAACGCGAUCAUGGAUAACUUUAAAAUAGUUAAAUUUAGUGAAUUAAGCGAGGCGGUGCAACACUUGGUAAAGGAAGCAACCAGAGUGCGUAAGAUGGCAUACUGUCCGUACUCAAACUUCGCAGUGGGUUCCACACUACUCACCGAACAAGAUUCGAGAAUAUACACCGGUUGCAACAUCGAGAACUCGGCGAUGUCGCCGGCGAUAUGCGCGGAGAGAACAGCGGUGUCCAAAGCGGUGUGUGACGGAUACCGCAAGUUCAAAGUGGUUGUGGUGGUGGCCGAGCAGCAGCAAGAGUUCACAGCUCCGUGCGGCGUCUGCAGGCAAACCCUCAACGAGUUCCGCAGCUCCAGCGGCGACAUGGACGUGUACCUCAGCAGGCCUGCCAUGGAUUUGGUGUUGUGCACCAAACUAUCACACAUUUUACCGCUCUCCUUCAAACUCCACAACAAUGCGUUUUGCAAUUAAUUGUGAAAAUAUUACAAUCACGAAAGCGUGAUAUAUCGUGAGCAAUUAAUUAUUUUAUAAUUAUAAGGCAAUGUAAAUAAGAGAACAUGUAAUAAUGUACAAUUUAUUGUGUAAUUCAAGGAUUACAAAAUACUUAAUACCUAAACUAAUAUGUACAAUUGAUAACGUAACACGAAUUUAACAAUUAACCUUGGACGAGGUUAUGUAAGACAUGCCAAAUUUUAUUAAAUUUCAGAAGACUGAGAGCCUAUUUCAAAACUUCUGAGUAAAUGGUACUCAUCAUAUAAGUGUAUGAGCCGUCAAAUACAAAGGUCACAUUCUACUACAUGCUCCCAAAUAAGCGUUAAUGAAAUAAGUACUAUCUACAUUAGCUGUUUAAUAUUAUAAUUGUCAAAUAAAAUUUACUGGAAAUUUGAAAUGCUAUGUAUAAAGUAUAUUCGUGUAAAGCCUAUUAAAGGUCAAAUAUUGAAUAUAAUAAGAACACUACAACUGCACGCUAUUUUAUAAAUAUCACGGUAUUAAAGAAAUGUAUUUAUACAUAACAAAUGUCACGGCCACGAUACUGUCUUAGUACUUUAUUUUUAAACUUAUAUUUUAUUUGUAGUUAAAACAGCAUAUUAUAAAACCUACUAAAAGCAUUAGUUAAUACAACAUAACCACGUCCAAUGAAACUACAGUGAAAUAUAACUAUAAAUGUUGAGUCUAGAGCAGGGACUUCCCCUGAGUUUUGUAAAUACAAACAUUCUCGACGUACGGUGGGUGUAGUAUUGUGGUGUCAAUAUUCAAUCAUUAUUGCAUUCCGCACUCAUAUUUUGAACGUGAAAAUUUAAAUAUAAAUUUAGCAAAUGAAUAUAAUAAAUAUUUAAAUACAAACCUUGACAAAUUAUUUUUAAUGUUCAAAACAUUUUUGCGAUAAAUUCCAAUAAGUAUUAUCAUUGUUUUGAUUUAUGAUUCCGUAUCAUUUGUUCUAAAUGAGGCAGAAGUGUAUAUUACUAAAUUGAAUAAAUAUAUUACGACCAGUUUUGUUCUGCGAAAGCCUAUGGAACUAUCAGUCUUCCUGGAAAA